AUGCCGGUAAAUACUUCCGGGAGGAUUGUGAAGACUCGCAAAGUCAAGAAAGGGACCGCCCACCAAAAGAAUCACAGAUGGGAAUCCUUUACAACGAAAAUAUCGAAGCUCAGCGCUCUAGACCCCAUUCGAAGAGUUCGUCGCCAUGAUAUCGACGCCGAAGACCUUUCUACAACUACAUCUUACCUCAAGGCGGGCUUGGAAAAAUGGUGGGACCUCAAUAUGUCGGAUACGUUUGCGACGUUCUCUCGCGAUAUUUCGCAGAUGUCCGACAGCCUGCCCCAGAUCAUACAUUUCGAGGACAAGAUCAUGGAUACAUUUGUCGCAUAUAUGGAGAAGAAAGAAAAGUCUUGCUUGGAACCUUUACUGGAACUGAUUACGGACUUUGCUCAUGAUCUAGGAGCAAGAUUUGAAAAACACUAUUCAAAAGCAUUGGAAAUGGUUACGUCGAUUGCGGGAACCCCUCAGGAUGUAGAAGUUAUCGAGUGGAGCUUCACAUGCCUGGCUUUCCUUUUCAAGUAUCUCUCAAAGCUCCUAGUCCCAGACUUGAGACCGACAUACGAUCUAAUGUCCCCGCUGCUCGGGAAACAUCGCCAGCGGCCUCAUAUCGCACGAUUUGCAGCGGAAGCCAUGAGUUUUCUGGUGAAGAAGGCUGCCGCCCCCGCCCACAAAGAGAAAGCCCUACCGCUAAUUGUCAAGCAUGCAAAACAAGACCUUGAGAUCAUCCAAGAGACGAAAGAAUUUGGACUCUACUUCCAUGGGUUGAUGACAUUGUUCGCCGAAGCAAUGAAGGGGAAUGGCUUGGCGGUUCAUACGUCGGGGCCUGCAAUUUUCCAGUGUCUUGUCGAUGCAUUGACAGAUGAAGAUCUAGCAGCAAAAGAGCCGUCUCCUUGGGCUAUGGUAGUGUGCGGCGUUCUUACCAGCAUCAUACACCACUCUAACUUGGACACUCUCAAAGAUAUCGUGGAAGUCGUUCAGAACCAAGUCUCUGCUACCAUGGGCUCGGCAAAAGACCAAUCCAUUGACUUGAGCAUACCGUGUCUUGCGUUCUUUGCCAAGCUUAUUGGGGUAAUUGCUGGCGUUAGGAAAGGUAGCCGUGUCAGUAACUGGCCUUUGCUCUUGAAAAGCAUGUCAGAUAUUUUGCAGUUCUUCUCAAAGUAUUGUCAGACUCGGCUAAAGAGUGACGAGUGGCACAAAUGGAACUCGGUGGUAGUGAGCACAGCUAUCAUCAUCCAGUACGCACCUAUGGAUGCUCUGAUAACCUUCGUCUCGCCAUUCAUGGAAGCCCUGACGAAGGAUCCAUUUGCACCGUAUUUCCUAACGUUCUGUGCCUUUCUUUCAGAGGGAGAGUCAGAACGCUUCCAAAGCAUAGUUUUGCCGUACUUUCGAAGAUUCGUCGUUGCUCAUUGGUCAGACGCGGAUAAUGGCGAUACACUAUCAGUCUUGUUGCCCAAAAUGGUAUCUUCGGGAGCCCUUCCGAGUAAGUACAACAAGGAAGGGUUUUCGUUGCCGCAGUCAUGGCAAGACCAGAUUGUCAGCAAGUUUGAAAGAUUGGAAGUCUCGCCUUUCCCUGAACAGUCUUCGCCAUAUGAUCGAAGUCCAACAACCUGGCACGACCGAUGUCUCCCUAAAUACAAUGCUCUGCUCGAGGUCCUGGACAGUACUGUAGUACAUCCAUCGACAAAUGCCAGAAUUGCCGAGAUCCUCUUGCGAAAACUGAAACUUGCUCUUCGUCCUUCGUCUUCACUUGCGGAGGAAGAAGCAAACUUCAUCGUCGGUCGAGGAUUUAGCGCCUUUUCGAUAAUGAGCAAGGCAGCUGGUGAAACAGACCGAAGCCUUGAACCUCUUCUACGAGCAGCCGCUCCGCGAUAUGCCCGUCUGCCAAAUUUUCUGGAGGCUUUCCUAGACUAUGAAAUGAGCCUGAAGUCUUCGCCUAUUCACAAGACAGGCUCGCCAUCCAAAGACCCAGAAACCGAUUCCGAUGCUGACCUCCUGGUCACUUCACUGGUCUCUAACUUAUCUACAGCAUCGCAUGAGCUGAGGUUGCUGUCAUUGCGGUUACUAGACUAUAUCCACACCACUGAUCUUGGCUCCAAGUCCGAAGCCCUUGCCAUCAUGCUGAUGGUUGAACAAACACCUCUUGACCUACAGACGGCACGAUCUGCUUCGAUGCACAUCCGCAAACUAGCAACGCUAUUUCAGUCACAGAAAUCAGCGACCUGGUUACAACCAGCUAUUGCUUCGUUUUGUUUUGGUAUGCUUACCGUCAAAUUUGCCCAAGUAUGGGAGGAUGCUACGUCGUCCUUGAAGCAAAUCGCUGGGUCAAAAUCAGGGGAGGAGAUUGUAGCGAAGCUUGCAUUUGACUGGCUUGAAACCUCCUCUGUAGCAUGGGAUGGGGCUACGAAGAGUGUGGAUCAAAAUCAAAGAAAUGAUUUGACAGAUUUUGAAUGCUCAAAUAUGAUCAAAUUGAACCUGGCUGCAGAAGCGGCCGAACUAAGUGUUCUCAAAGCCCGAGAUACGAUGCUGAAGCAGUUUGCGGAGGCUCAAGAAUUGAUAACAGCAAAACCGUCAUCGGCACGAGCUCAAGCACUGCGUGUUUUGUCUGCCCUCCCUCAUAUUGCAGAAAGACGCUCACGCCAACUGGUACCGAUGUUUCUAUCAUGGGCUAUCAAACAACAUGUAAAUGACCACGGUUCGGAAGAGGAAGAGUCAAGUUUGAGUGACUGGACUAGGAAGGACCAAAAGGCGCAACUCGAUCUAUUUUGCCUUUUUACAAAUCCAAAGUCGUUGUACAAAUCCGAGGACGUACAUAGUGCUCUGUUGAGUUUGGUGGCUAAUGGGGACAUCGAAAUCCAGAAGUCUGCUGUGAAGGCACUUUUCACCUGGAAAGAUCCGAACAUUCGGCCCUACGAGGAGAACCUCAUGAAUCUUCUCGACGAAGCUAGAUUGAAGGAUGAAAUCACGGUCUUUCUCCAAGGCGACGCUCUCAUUCAACCCGAACACCGAAGCACUCUCAUGCCGUUACUUCUUCGAUUACUUUACGGCCGAUCUAUUUCUAGGAAGGGUGCAGCUAGCGGUAGACAGGGGAUGGAGGCCCGAAGACUUACCAUCCUCCGAAGCCUCAAUAUCGUAGAUAUGGGCGCAUUUCUCGAUAUUGCUCUAGGCGACCUGAAGGAUGUGAAAGUCAUCGACAACGGCCAACUUCGAGAAUCCGUACUUGAAAGAGAGACCCUGAGUGUGAGGAAACAAGUUGGUUUCAUACAUAUGAUAGAGGGCAUGCUCAAAGAGCUCGCCACCAAAGCUCUGCCUCAUGCUCAAAAGCUUGUUGACGCAGUUCUCUAUUGCACAGUAUUUGCAUGCCGCAACUUGCAAGAUGAUCACGAAGAAAUAGAAGAAGCUACUCCCCAAGCCAGUCAAUCAUCUCUGCUGAAGGUUAUCCGCCAAACUGGGCUCAAGUGUCUGAAUCUUCUCUUCGUUCACACACCGGACUUUGAGUGGACGCCGUAUUGCAAAGUGAUCAACGAAGAGAUUGUUUCCCCUCGACUUGCCAAUCUUCCUAUCGAGACCGCACAAGGAGUCUCUGCCAUCAUGCGUCUCUUUUCUGCCUGGUCAACUUCGCCUAAGCUCGUCCUCUUUCUCGGAAGCAAUGAACAAAUCCUACCAAAAGUGGCAGAGUGUCUAACCCCACAGAAAUCAAAGGAUGAGGUCAAACUAUUUGCCUUGAACGUCCUCAGAAAUAUUGUCAAGCUCUGUCAAGAGAGUGCCGAGAAUGAUGUCAGUGAUAGGGUACGUGAUAGGGUACGUGAUGAACUUCUCGCCCCUAACAUGGAUCAUUUCUUGAUACAUAUUGGUGGUGUCCUCCGUGGUGAUCCAAGCAAGGACCUGCUAGAGUGUUGUGUCGAAACGGUAUCUGAGCUGGCACCCUUCGUGACAACGUCAACACAAGCUAAGAAUUUGGUCGAAGUGUCCAUCUUUCUCCUUGAUCAGCCUAGUCGCCGAGUCAGCCCAAAAACGAAGAGUGGUCUCUUGCUUGUACUUGAGAACUUCGUGCCACUCUAUGAGCUGCACAAGGAUCAUGAAUUGAAGGACAAGGUUUACAGCACCAUCACAUCACUAUUCGGGUUUUUCAAAGACCGAACGUCUCGUGAAGACGCUGUUCUCGCAGACGUUGCUAAGCUUUGCGUUGAUCUGAACUCGUUUGUAGAGGGUCGUCUUGACGAGCCCGACUACGAUCGACGGCGCAAUGCAUUCAGUUUUAUUGAAGCUUCUCGGGUCCCUCCUUUCACAGCAAGACAGUGGACACCACACGACGAGGAGUUUGCAAUUCUGUCUUCACAUUCAUCGGAUGGUAUCUGCUGCUUCCUCAAAUGUGCAGCAGAGGUAGAAGAGGAGGUCGAGAAAGCUCAAUUCCGGACCAUGAUAUCGUCAAUUCUUGUUCCGGCUCUGUUUGCAGGAGCCCGAGAGCCUUCCGAAGUCAUUCGACGAGAGUAUCUCAAGGUAAUGGGAACUCUUGUUCGAUGGUUCCCUGAGUGGAUUGAAGUCAGCGAUAUGUACGGUCUACUCGCCGGCGACGACGAACUUGAGUCUUCUUUCUUCAACAACAUUUUAGCUGUAGGGGUUGGCCGUCGCUCAAGCGCGCUGGGACAGAUCUCCGCGGCUGCCGAAAAAGGAGAGCUUAGUGCAAAGAACAUCAGCCACUUUUUUAUCCCAAUCAUUGAGCACUUCAUUUUCGAUCGAGCGGAAGGAAGCGAUGCACACAAUCUAGCAGCUGAAGCUACAACUGCUGUUGCAAUCCUGGCAAAAUCAUUGGAAUGGCCGCAAUACCGUGCCAUGUUGAGGCGCUUUAUUGGUUAUAUCAGCUCAAAACCAGAACUUGAGAAGCAGAUCAUCCGGCUCCUCGGGAAAGUCAUCGAUUCUCUAGCCACCUGUGUCCCAGAGAUUGUCCAAGCAGACGAUGCCAUGGUUGUUGACAGCGAGAACAACAAGAAAAGCACGUUAUCAGCCACCGUGCCAAGUCAGCAAAAGCUUGGAGAAGAUCUUGCUUCCAACAUCAUACCACCCCUGACAGCAUACUUGCACGACAAGGAUGAGUCAACAGUCAGUCUUCGAGUGCCGGUCGCUGUCAUCGUAGUACGGCUAUUGAAGUUGCUCCCCGAAGACAAGCUCAAAGAAUGUCUACCUGCUGUCCUAACAGACAUUUGCCAUAUCCUUCGCAGCAAAGCCCAAACAUCACGCGACAUGACUCGAGAUACGCUGGUCAAGAUAUGUGUACUCCUAGGCCCGUCAUGCUUUGGUUUUGUGCUCAAGGAACUUCGUAGUGCUCUAGCAACCGGCUCUCAAAUCCACGUUCUUUCAUACACUAUGCAUUCAAUUCUCGUUGCUUGUAUACCCGAGUAUGGCCCGGGUGACCUCGACUACUGUCUGCCUCCUAUCGUUCAGAUCAUUAUGGAUGAUAUAUUCGGCGCAGCUGGACAAGAAAAGGAUGCCGAGGAGUACACCAGCAAGAUGAAAGAAGUCAAGAGUACCACCUUGAGUCGGUUGACAGACCUUGUCCGACCCAUACGACUUUUGCUGAAGGAGAAGCUGAAUCUGAAAAUGGUACGCAAGAUCGACGAGCUUCUGAACAGAAUCACCAAUGGCUUGCUCAGGAACUCAGCAGCCGACAACCGUGAUAGUCUUAUUUUCUGCUAUAUAGUCAUUCAAGACGUUCAUAACGGCGAAAAGCCUCAAGAAUCGGCGCCGAUAGACCGGAAGCUGAAGAAGUACCUUCUACAGAAAGGUGCAAAGCGAGCUGGGGAUCGUGGAGGCAUGACUAUCUAUACUCAUAAGCUGGUUCGCUUCGCUUUCGAUGUCAUGCGAGCUGUUCUCAAGAAGUAUGAUGCCUUAAGAACUGGUAGCAAUAUCGCUGGGUUUAUCCCCAUUCUGGGUGAUGCUGUCGUCCAAGGGGAAGAUGAAGUCAAAGUCGCAGCUUUUCGACUUCUGGCUACAUUGGUCAAAGUCCCAUUGCAAAACGCGAGCGAUGGUACAGAUCUUUACAGGAUUGCAGCAGCAGAGGCAAGAAAAGCCAUAUCUGCGAACUCGUCAACGGCAUCAGACAUUUCCCAGGCCGCUUUGAAACUGGUCUCAGUGGUCCUCCGCGACCGCCACGAUGUUCCGGUAAAAGAUACAACAGUGGACGAAUUGCUCAGCAGACUGAAAGACGACAUCACCGAACCUGAGCGACGGCACGUGACGUUCAACUUCUUGCGAGCCGUCCUUGACUCCAAGGUCGAGACAGCAGUUGUGUACGAUACUCUUGACUAUGUCGGUACUGUAAUGGUAACGAAUGAGGACAAGGAUACCAGAGACCUGGCUCGAGGCGCAUACUUCCAAUUCUUGCGGGACUACCCUCAAACGAAGAAGAGAUGGUCGAAGCAACUUGAUUUUAUCACCGCAAAUUUGACAUAUGAGCGUGAGGGCGGUCGACUAUCAAUCUUGGAGGUGAUUCAUCUCUUGCUUUCGAAGUCAUCUGAGGACUAUGUUCAAGAGGUGGCAAGAAGAUGCUUCUUGCCGCUGAUCUUCACUUUGGCUGACGAAAGUGAGAAAUGCCGCUUGUCCGCUGGAGAAGUCAUCAAAAAUAUCUUUAAGAAGGCUGAUAAAGAACGAACCAACGGCUUCUUGACGAGCCUGCGCUCGUGGGUCAAUAGUCCGAAACCCAAUGUUGUGUAUAUCACGCUGCAGACAUACGGAUUCUACUACGAAAAUCAGACAACGGACGACAGUGAUGUUUCAAUGCUUCAAGAACGCAUUCUUGCCAUCCUCCAGACUGUCGAUGAUCCAGACUCAGACUGGCAGCAGAUAUACGGCGCUCUUGAGCUAGCUCUGAUAUUGGUUCAGAAGUUUCCAGCUACUCUUCUCUCAUCCAAAUCAAAAGUUUUCUGGGCGGCUACUCGUGUAGGCCUCUCGUACCCGAAUGCAUGGGUCAAGCUGUCUGCAGCUCGACUUGCCAGCGAAUACUUUACAGACUUCGCUCGAGCGAAUGCAGAAUCUGGACUGGAGAAUCUACCGUUGAAGGGAUCUCAAGGCUUGAAACUCACAGGAGACGAUAUCACGGAGCUCAUUCGUCGCGUCGCCAAUAUAUUCAAGACGCCCAAUCUACUUCAACCGCUUGCCGACGAGACAGUCAAGAAUCUUGUUUUUCUAGGCCGGUGUGCUGGGGCCAAUGAUCUAAAAUGGCGGUCUGCCACUGACCACGAAUCCGACGAGGAGGAAGGGGAAGAGGACGAGAAGGAUGGAAGAACAGCUCUGGAAUAUCUGUUUGGCCGACUAAGUUUUAUUCUCCGCCGAGAAAUCCCACCGCCACCACGUGCACCAAUGCUAGUUCCCAAGACCGCGUCUUUGCAACUGCUGCAAGUCCUAGCCUCAAAACUAGAACCCUCUUCGCUCGCUCCCUGUCUACAAACCAUUCUUCUUCCACUCCACAACUUGACCGACCCUUCUAUUUCCGCUCCGUUUUCCACCGACGAGCUCUUCCUCACUGGAUAUGACGCUCUGAAAACUGCAAGUGAGGAAAUCAUGGAGAUGUUGAAGAAAAGGAUGGGGACGAGUGUUUAUACGGAAGCGCUUCUUAGGGUGAGGGAAGGUGUCAAGGAGAGGCGACUGCAGAGGACGAGUAAGAGGAAGAUUGAUGCUGUAAAGGAACCUGAGAAAUACGGGGAGGUCAAGAGGAAGAAGGGAGAGCGGAAGAAGGAGAGGAGAAAGGAGAAGGGUGCUGAGCAUAGGAGUAGGAGGCAUGAGUACUGA